CCAAGCCAACCCCAGGCACAAAGCUCCACAACCAGAACCCAAAACCGAACCAAGGAAGACGCAGCGGAACAAACCGUAGACGAAGACACCGUCGCAAGAGAAAGAGAGAAUGGCGGCCAUCUCCUCCACCUCCUACUUCUCGCAGUCGCAGCUUCCGGCGUCCGGAGGCGGCAGCAACGGCCGGCAGCCGCGGAGGCGUCGGGUGGGCAGCUGCGUCAUGCUCGAGCCGGCCUCUGCCUCUGGUAGUGGUGGCGGUGGCGCGGUGGUGGGGAGGACCAGGAGCCUGACGGAGGAGGACCUGGAGGAGCUCACGGGCUGCCUCGACCUCGGCUUCAGCUUCUCCUAUAACGAGAUCCCGGGCCUCUGCGGGACGCUCCCCGGCCUGGAGCUCUGUUACUCCAUGACGCGGAGAUUCCUCGACGAGCAGAGGACGGUGGUCGGGCAGCUGGAGCCCGCAGCGGCGGCGGCGGCGCCCAUCCCGGACUGGAAGAUCUCCGGCCAUGGGGAUAAUCCAGAGGAAGUGAAAGCUAGGCUCAAGUAUUGGGCUCGGACAGUGGCAUGCACGGUCAAACUAUGCAGCUGAUGGAGGUAAUGUCUCUCCUCGACGAUGAUCCAGCAGAAGCACACACCUGAGGAGAAGCACUCGACUGAGCAUUGUCGAAGAGAACCUUUUAUUGAUGGAGAAACCCACUGAGCUUAGGCAUAAUGCAUCUGGUGCUUCUCCAAACCCACUCCUUUGAAAGACCUGGGAGUUUCCAAGUUCUUUCUCUUCUGAGCAGAUUUGGCCAUAAUAUCCACAUGACCAUGAAUUCUGGAUAAUAACUGGACCAGUGGACCCCACUUAGAGGAAAUGUCAGUCGAAGGUUCAUCACUCUUCAUUUUUUGUCAGAAUUAGCCUACUCCAUUGAGCUGAGCAGGGAUCUUUUAAUGGAGCCCAAAGCUGCAACUAUUUACACAGGCAAAUGUUGUCUUGUUCCCCCAAAAUAUCCUCGUCCUCGUCAGACUCAGCCACUUCAAAUCUACUCCCUUCGUCCCCCAUAAUGAAUGUAGGACGUUUUUUGACUGUAGAGUCAAAAACAUUAUGUGACGGAGGGAGUACUUAACUGGGCAGAACAAUAGUCCAUUUGGGCAGACACAGAGCUCUCAGGUCCUGAGCACUAACAGAGAUAAUUUGUCUGAGGGGAUGGUGGAACUGUAACAAAAGGCCUCAUACACACAUCAUGAAACUGCUCCUCCACAGUAACAAAAGCUCCAGAUUUUUUUGUUUUGUUUUGAAAGAUCCAGCAAUAGUUGGCUUUUCAUUGAUCAUCAGCAGAGAGCGGCGGCAAAUUGUGACAAGGUGGUGAUCUAUGGAUUACAGAGGAAAUCAAAAGAAAGUAGGAAAAAACUAGGAGCCCGAUGGGCUUUUAUUUCCUCCACAAAUUGGACAUGAACUUCCUCUGAAAAACUCACAGGAUGAAAAUCCACACUAGACACAGAUAAAUCCACUUUUUCCAGUAGAUGUACCGCCAGAAAUGCUGGCUGUGAGGUUCGCUUUGUCUAAUUCAUCAAUGGGCUUAUCACUCUCAUUUGGUUCGCCUUUAUGGUUAUUGCCACUAGCUUGAUUAUCAA